AAAUAUUUAUGGGCUCUAUCUAAUUUUUCAUUGAGAUAGCCGGAUGGAAAGACGCUGUACCAAUGUCUGUAACGACACAAUGUACUACGAGUAUGUAGGUACCUACUUAAUACGUAUUUAACAUUUUUUUUUUCAAAAAUAAAUCCAUAGGAUGAUUAUUCUUCAAGAUAAUAUGUACUUAGGUUCACUCAUCAGGUUAUCCACUCAACUCCCUGUGUAUCUUUCGAGCAGAUGAUUACAGCAUUGACAGAAAAAUAAGCUUGAAUAUCUGAAAAAUUCCUCUCAUUCAUUUUGGAGCAGCUGAAGAAUUGAUCAAGAUGCUUAAAAGACAUGUGCUUUGGCUGAUGCUGGUAUUUCUGCUUAUCAGCAACACAUUAGUCACAUUGAGUAUCAGCAUAGCUAUUGUAUCCAUGGUACGAGUAAAUACACGUAACACCACCAACAAUACCAACGCUGCAUCUGAAAAUUCAGUCCAUGUCGUUUGCCCUCACACGAAUUUUUUUCUAAGAGAGUACAUCAGUGGCGGUGCAAAUUCAUCUAGAUUUUUGUCGUCAAGCUCGAAUAUUUCUCAAGACAAUACAGAAAGAGAAGGAUUCGAUUGGACAGAAGCUGAACAAAAUAUGAUACUGUCUGGAUUCUUUCGAUUAAAUUAUUUAUCAAUUUUGGCCGGUGGUGUCUUGGCCCAAAAGUAUGGAUCGAAAAUAGUCGUAGGAUGUACGCAGUUCACCAUUUCAGUAUUGUCUUCUUUGAUCCCCUUUGCUGCUGAGUACGGAUCAGAAAUAGUGUCCUGGGUUAGAGCAGUACAAGGAUUGUUAUCGGUAAUUGCUGCACCAACAGCGGUGUAUACAAUUAUUGGAAACUGGAGUCCACCUCAAGAACGUGGUAAAUUUGGAGCUACUUUCAUGGUUGGAAUAUCGCUUGGUGAAGCGUUGGGAAGCGUUUUAUUUGGAUACAUUGGGCAAUAUAUGCACUGGAAGUACAUUUUUCAUUUAACCAGUAUUUGUGGAAUUGUUUGGAGUAUAUUAUGGUAUUUUUUGAUUCACGAUUCACCUAAGCAACAUCCUACAAUUUCGACCUUGGAAAAGGAGUACAUUGAAAGUAGCUUAAAUGUGACCUCAAAUAAGAUUAAGGCGUCCAUCCCUUGGAAACAUAUUAUUACCAGUGUACCAUUCAUCAUUUGUCUAUUGUCUGUGAAUUCUGGAAUGUGGGCAUUCAUGAUGAUGAAUACAUACUCACCUCUUUAUUUGAAGACCAUGUAUGGGAUGAAUUCGAAUGAAAUUGGAAUCAUCUCAAGUGUUCCGUACAUUUCAACGAUCAUAGUUGCCCUGGGAAUAGCUCAUUAUAGCGAUUUAUUUGUUAAAAAGAAAUGGCUAAGCAUAACGAGUAUGAGAAAAAUCUGUACAUUUUUAGGCUGUGUUGUGGCUGCAUUUCCGAUGAUAAUUAUUGCAUUUACUAAAUGUAAUCUUACGGUGGUUAUUCUUUCUAUGCUGUUCGUCUGCAUCGUGAGAGUAUUUGGUAAUUUUGGAGUUGUCUUGGGUGUUAUGGAUUUAAGUCCCAAGUUCUGCGGAGUUCUCGAAGGAAUAAUAGGAACGUCAUCAGCUGUUCACAUGUUUGCAUUUUCAACCGCUGUCAAUUAUUUUACCGAGAUUUGGGAUAUUGAGGAAAUGUGGAAAGUGUUGUUCUUGUUUACCGCAUUGUAUUGCAUGCUAACAAACAUGGUGUAUGUGAUUUUCGGCACGUCUGAAGAGCAACCGUGGAAUUUUGAGAGAAAUGUCCAAGAAAAACGUGAUUCAGAAGCGAUAUCGAAAGAAUUGAAAACACUUGUGCAGAAAUAAUGCAUAGGCAUAAAAUAAUCAAGUACAUACCUUA